GGGAGGGGGGGGGAAGGCGGCAGAGGCGGAGGCGAACUCUUCGGCAGAGUUCCCAGGCGCCUUCCAAGCUGACCGGACGAGUCACCUUGCGCGGGGGGCGACGCUGCCCUGAGGAAGCAGGAGAAUGCGAAAGCGAGCAAGGGUGGCGCGGGGGGCGCUGCGCCAGGCUCUCCUCCGCUUAAGUUCUCAGGUUCCGUAGACUUUGCGCGCGGACCCUCGGCCCUCGCUGCUCCUUCCUUCCUUCCUCCUUCCCUCCCGCCUUCGCUCGCUCUCGGGUAUAACUAGUCGUCUUCGGCGCUCGGCGGGACUGGGACGAGAGCAGGAGCCCUUGCGUGCGCCUCAGCGGGUGUCGUGGAAGGAGAGGGCAGCCCUUUCUCCUCGCGCGGGGAGGUAGCGGCGGGAGAAGGGAAAGCCGCCAGCCGGUGACAGGAACGCUCGCCUUCGCCGCAACUUUGCGCUGGGAACGCGGCGAGCCCCCGAUCAGGUACCUGAAGAACUGGUCAGGCUUUGUCUGCAAAGGCUCUCCAUCUACAGACCUGGAGAAACAGAGGACUCCUCCCGCUCGUGAUGAGCUUCUACUUGCCUAGGAAGACUGGAGAUUUGGGGAGGAUGCUCUUAUGUAGCAAGAACAGCUAAAUAUAACACUUUUUCUGUUGCUUCAACCUAUUCAUUUCUCCUUCCCAAUUUCUCCCCACAACUGGGAUUCAGUCAUUAAGCACUGAAUUAUCAUCCAUUUAAUGCCCAGUAGCAUUUAUCACCAUUAACGGACUUUUUUCUUUUUAAUGUACUGUGGGAGUUCUGAAAAUAUUUUUCUUUGUUGGGCUUUUUUCUCCCACCAUUCCUUUGGGCUUUCUCAUGAGUAGUUAUCUCACACACGGAGCAUCCUGAUGGCUUCAUAAAUUGGGAGCAGCUGCCCUUGUUCAUGAUGGGGCGAGAACAGGAACUGAUCCAGGCCGUGAAAAAUGAGGAUGUACCUGGUGUACAGAAAUUGGUAGCAAAGAUCAAGGCGUCUAAAAGUAAACUCCUGGGAUCAACUAAACGGCUGAAUGUGAACUACCAGGAUGUAGAUGGGUUUUCAGCAUUGCACCAUGCAGCCUUGGUUGGAAGCCUGGAGCUUAUCUCCCUGCUGCUGGAGGCACAGGCCAUCGUGGAUAUUAAGGAUACAAAUGGAAUGCGCCCAUUACACUAUGCUGCCUGGCAAGGGAAGGUGGAGCCAGUGCGUCUACUGCUACGGGCAUCUGCUUCAGUUAACAUGGCAUCCUUGGAUGGACAGGUGCCACUGCACCUGUCCGCCCAGUAUGGCCACUAUGAAGUGUCAGAGAUGCUGCUUCAGCACCAAUCCAACCCGUGUCUUAUAAAUAAGGCUAAGAAAACCCCCUUGGACUUGGCUUGUGAGUUUGGGAGGCUGAAGGUAGCCCAGUUGCUUCUAAACAGCCAUAUGUGUGUGGCUCUACUUGAGGGACAAUUCAAGGACACAAGUGACCCCAACUACACUACUCCUCUACACUUGGCAGCCAAGAAUGGGCACAAGGAGAUUAUCAGGCAGCUCCUGAAAGCUGGAAUUGAGAUCAACAGGCAGACAAAAACAGGCACUGCCUUGCAUGAAGCUGCAUUGUAUGGCAAGACAGAAGUGGUGCGCUUACUGCUGCAGGGGGGCAUUGAUGUCAACAUUCGCAACACCUACAACCAGACAGCCUUGGACAUUGUGAACCAGUUCACCACUUCACAUGCCAGCAAGGACAUCAAGCAGCUCCUACGAGAGGCAUCAGGAAUCCUGAAAGUCCGUGCUUUGAAGGAUUUUUGGAAUCUCCAUGAUCCAACAGCUCUUAACAUCCGUGCUGGAGAUGUCAUCACGGUCCUGGAGCAGCAUGCAGAUGGGCGGUGGAAGGGCCACAUCCAUGAUGCUCAGAAAGGCACCGACCGAGUCGGCUACUUUCCUCCAUCCAUCGUAGAAGUAAUCAGCAAGCGGACAGGCCUGACACUUUCCCGCAUGGUGCCCAUACAUCAGUGCCAGAGCCAUGCAAAGGGACUGCAGGUUACCACAGCCACCUCUCUUGGUGGGCUACAACUACAUACCGACGCCUCUCCGCCACAGACACCCCUCAGCCUCCCUACAGGUUGGGGCCACCUCACCCUGACCAGGACAGCUCCAGCACCUGAGAGCCCAGCAGGUGAUAGAAACAGCGUGGGCAGCGAAGGCAGUAUUGGCAGUAUCCGAAGUGCUGGCAGCGGUCAAAGUACUGAGGGUACCAAUGGACAAUUCAUGGGAAUCCUCAUUGAGAAUGUAAAGCCACUUUUGCCUGGUGGGGAGGAUCUGCAGCAACAUGUUCUGAGUUCAAAUUCUCACAAUGGCCAAACCAGCUCCUUGGGGACCCCAAUGCACCAGAAUUUCUCCAAUGAUAGGAUCUUCUCCCACCAGUAUCUACGCCCAGAGCAGCUCCUGGAAGGGAAGGAUGCUGCAGCCAUUUACAAUUGGCUAAGUGAAUUCCAGCUGGAGUGCUAUACAGCCAACUUCCUGAAUGCAGGUUAUGAUGUGCCAACAAUCAGCCGCAUGACUCCAGAGGAUCUCACAGCAAUUGGUGUAACCAAGCCAGGCCACAGGAAGAAAAUUUCGACAGAGAUUGGACAGCUCAGCAUUGCUGAAUGGCUCCCAAAUUAUAUUCCUGAUGACUUGAUGGAUUGGCUGAGUGCUAUUGGUCUACCCCAGUACCACAAGAAGCUGGUGAGCAACGGUUAUGACUCCAUCAACAUUGUGACUGAUCUGACCUGGGAGGAUUUGCAAGAGAUUGGCAUCAACAAACUUGGUGAGAAGAAAUGAAAAGACAGAGGCAGAACCACUGGGGCUUUGGGAACGUCUGGUUGUUGUAAUGUCGCACUGUACUAACAAGACUGUUCCUGUAAGGGUGGGGAAACUGGAUCCAUAAUGUAAUAUUCACUGCACCACAACUUGGUUAUGUUACCGUGAUGCAUCUCUGAGAAUUUCUUUAACUGACCUGGAAUGGAGAAUCCAGCCAGCCUGUAUUGUUGGCUGUCCGUUAGAAGAGCAUUAUUAUGGCUGUGGUGCUUUCAUGCAAAGGAUAAGAACCUG